GGUGAGGGAGGCUGUUAUACAUCAACUGACUGAAAGUUUACUUUUUAUUUGGCAAGCUUCAUUACUGAAAGAGUGUCUUUAAUCUGAAUGCUGCGGAGUUUGGUUUUCAUCUGGGUUAUUAUAACCCAAAAUGUAGCUGUGCAGACGACAGAUCUUUGCAACACAGACAAGAUAGAACUGCUCAAAGAAAAAGCAUCUCAGUCCUCAACCUUAUAUUGGGAAAACACUCCGUUGAUCCCUCCCAGAGCCUUUGAUGAGGAUAUCAAUACAUGUUGUCGCACCCAGAAUCAGACUAACCCCUGGUGGAGAAUUGACCUGCAGGGGAUUUACAACAUUUCCUGCAUCUCUAUCUAUACUAAAAAUGAGGCUGUGGCUAAUUUAACAGGAGCUCAGAUCUACAUUGGGAACUCUCUAAAGAACAAUGGCACCAACAACAGACUGGUUUACAACAUCACAGACUUCCAAACAGACCAGACAAAUCACUUCAUAUUUCCCUCAUCAGUGUCGGGACGAUAUGUCACUGUGAUCAGACAAGAUCAUACAUAUCUGGUUCUUUGUGAGGUGAAGAUCAUGGGCACAAAGAUAGAAUCACCUUUUAAACUAAUUAAGGAAAACAAGACCUGGGAAGCAGCCCUGGGCCACUGCAAGGAAUUCCACUGUGGUCUGGCCUCCAUCCUGGAUGGACAGAUGCAGGCCUUUGCUGAGCUGGAGGCUGAGAAGGCCAACAGCCCCUUUGUAUGGCUCGGCCUUCACUAUGCUUGUACUUUGGACCUUUGGUUCUGGGUUGAUGAUAAUGUUGUACAUUUCAAACGCUGGUCUAACAACCCCCCAGAGGAGGACUGUGACAUGAGUGGAGCCAUGAAGACACAUGGAGACCAUCUGUGGUUCAGCAAGUCUGAUUAUGAGGAGUUUAAUUUUAUCUGUUUGCUUUAGGAAGAUUUGAGACUUCUACAUGGUUGUAAUGUUAGCAUUGCUUGGGUACCAUCAAAACAGCUCCUUCUUUGAUUUGAAUAACAAUUAUGUUUUUUUUUUUGCAUUGUUGCAGUACACAUAGAAAAUUUAUAAUUCUAUGUAGCUUGUACUGCACAUCACUGUACAUCACUGUAGUAACUGGAUUUUGGAUUAUGAAAAA